AUGGCUAAGCAAUUGGCAGAAAGGCCUACCAAGUUCUUUCCUAGUGACACUGUACCAAGUCCCAAGGAAGAAUGUAAGGUCAUCUCUCUAAGGAUUGGAACAAUGAUUAACAAGGAGCUUUCCAUGGAGGAUGAAAAGAAAAUCAAAGACCCGCAACAAGAAAAAAGGGAGGAGAAUCUAGAGAAAGCUCAUGCACUAGUAGAAAUUAAGAAGGAAAAAGUGAAAACAUAUAAAUCAAGAAUUCCAUACCCUCAAAAGCACCAAAAGCAAGAUCAAGAGAAGAACUUUUCAAAGUUCUUAGAGGUAUUCAAGAAGCUACAAAUCAACAUUCCUUUUGUUGAAGUCCUUGAACAAAUACCUCUCUAUGACAAGUUCAUAAAGGAGUUAUUGUCAAAAGAAAGAUCACUCAAAGAAGAUGAGAAUGUAAUUUUCACCAAGGAAUACAGUGCCAUCAUUCAAAGGAACUUACCACAAAAAUUAAAAGAUCCCGGUAGUUUCCAAAUUCCUUGCACUAUUGGUGAUAUCACCAUUGGCAAAGGUCUUUGUGACUUAGGAGCUAGCAUCAAUCUGAUGUCUCUGUUUAUGGUGAAGAGACUACGAAUUGAGGAGGUGAAACUAACCAGAAGCUCAUUGUAA